UGUUGGCUGUUGCAGCAGUGACAGUGGAGACGGGGAACGGGAUAGGACGACUGGACAGCGGUUUUGAUUUUUACACCCACGGUCUCAGGAAAAAUACAAUAAAAAAAAUCUAUAAGGUUUCCCCAAAUUGAUUCAAAUCCGACAUUAUUCAGUAUAAGUUGGAGUUUCCGUAUUUCAUCCGAAAAAAAUAUAGAAUGCAGUAAGAAACACUGCAUUGUGUACUCUUGUUUGGACAGAGAAGAAGAGAAAGAAGAUUUUAGAUUACCCUGAUCAAUAAACCAAGAAAACUCAAUUUCCAGCAUGGCAGAAAAAAUCAACAAUUUCCCCCCUUUACCUGGGUUUAUUCCCUUGAAGCCUUGUUUCUACCAGGAUUUCAAUGAGAUCCCAGAACUCCACCGCACAAUGGCCAAGCGCCUGUAUCACCUCUGGAUGUUGAACAGCAUCACUCUAGCUGUAAAUCUGAUUGGUUGCCUAGCAUGGUUGAUUGGCGGAGGUGGAGCUGUUAACUUUGGACUGGCUUUUCUUUGGCUCAUCCUCUUCACUCCCUGCUCCUAUGUGUGUUGGUUCAGGCCAAUAUACAAAGCUUUCAAGACAGACAGCUCCUUUAAUUUCAUGGCGUUUUUCUUCACAUUCAUGGCUCAGGUUGUGAUCAGCAUUAUCCAGGCAGUGGGGAUUCCAGGCUGGGGAGUGUGUGGUUGGAUUGCUACAAUUUCGUUCUUUGGCACUAACAUUGGCUCUGCCGUGGUCAUGCUGAUCCCGACGAUCAUGUUCACAGGCAUUGCAGUCCUCUCAUUCAUUGCUCUUACUAAGGUGCACAAUUUCUACCGUGGCAGUGGAGGUAGCCUGAGCAAGGCCCAGGAGGAGUGGACCUCUGGAGCCUGGAAAAACCCCCACGUGCAGCAGGCAGCUCAAAAUGCAGCCAUGGGCGCUGCACAGGCAGCAGUUCACCAACAAGAGCCACAGUACUCGGCCACACCAAGCUACGCCUAUGACAACCAGAUGUAGACUCUAGUGAUGAGAAGCAAACAGGUACAGCAUGGGUGAACAUGCAAACCACGAGUUGGCUUUGGUGUCCAAACCCUUCCAAGAACCUGGCUAAAACAGGCAAGCUUAUAUACCUGUUAGGCAGUUGGCUUUGUUUUGUUUUCCUUUUCAGCUACCAGACUUCUAAGUGGCAGUAGCUGGGAAGAGUGCUUUUUGAAGCACAAUCUUUUUAAUGAAGUUACUAUCCCAGUGCUAUGUUCCUAUUGUGAUACUCAGCACAGUGCUUUUUUUUCCUUGCUGCAUACCAAUAACACCUCAUAUCUUCCUUUGCUCUGCCUUGAGAGCUGCUUGUUGGGCUUGCGUUCUCCAUUAUUCAGCAGCAGUGGCCAUCACUAUUUUUAUGGAAAUCACCUUUUCACUUCGAGAUAAUUACGUAUUACCCAUAUCAAUGACAGUCCACAUACAUGUGCUUCAACUGAAACAUUUUUUUUUCUUUAUUUGGUGAAAUCCCUACAGGGAGAGAAAUUGGGUUAGGUGUAAAAUGUUCUGUUUUUUAUGGUUUGGAAUGUCACAACAUUAUGUUCAAAGGGGUUUGUCUGCUGUAUUAGAUCUUUAAAAAGAAAGUUUUACUCGUCCCCUGCAUAGAAACUGACUCCUAACUGUGCCGUUUUCUGCAUACGGUACACGAUAUUUAAUUCAUCUGCUUUUUUAUAGUAUGCCCAUUAAAGCCUGACCAGCAGCACAAUACUUAAUGUUCAUAUGAAUGACAGAAACCAUGGCACUUCUGAUGUAACAAAAAUAUUUUUUGUCUGCCAGUUUCAAAGUAUCUCCUAUGUAAAUCCAUUGUUACCAGGUUUUUGGAAAGUUUUGUUAUUGGGUCACUCUUCCGGCUCGUGGUUUGUCAUAAUGAUUAUUGUGUUUAAUUUUUUUUCCUUUUUUUUAAAGUUUGUUACUUUUUUGUUACCUUUAUAACCAAAUCCUCUGCAGAUUGUGAUGUGCACGAGUGAUUGCAAACAUGUGCCGCUGUACUUGAGUGUUAUUGUGUAAGGUGUUUGAAACAAGCAACAAAACAUGAAAAACACAAUUUCUUUUUCUAAUCAUGUAGCAGUGAUGGAAAUAUCAUAUUACAGGAAAGAAUAUUAUAUGAUAUUAAAUGAAUACAAGUUUAUUCCAGUCUUGGAUGAGGGAUUUUUUUUACCAUAAAGCCAGUGUUUGUGUUUGUAUUAUGAAUAGCACUAUCUAUAGUGCUUUUAUAGUAUCUAUUCCGCCUAGGUUUGAUAAUUACCCACUCUAUUUUUCACCCAUUUUGAGCUUGGUAAAGAAGAAAAGCCCUUUUUUUCUGUGAAAGAUACAAUUUUAAAUGUUGAUGUACCUGUAGUGUUGUGUAACCUUAAUCAAUGGUGAUGUCACAAACCUGUCAGGUUCACACUUUUUUGUAAUGCAUUUUAACUGCAGUGUCAUGUUUAACAAGGGUUUGCUGAGCCCUUGCAGAAAGCAGGGUGUGUCCAACCUAUGCCCUGAUCACAGACAGAGCUUCGCAAAAUUCUACAUUGAUUCUCAUUUUUUAUAGUCACGGCGUUUAUUAUUAAGUGACACUUAUUGUUUUAGAAAUGGUUUACCCGCUAUUGCCUGUCAAUGACCUGUAUGCCUCUUUAAUCCACAAUGUUUUUUUCCCUCUAUUUGGUUUUAGGUCAUGGUGAUGUCCUUGUCAUUGUCACUUUCUUGAUUUUUUGUUCAGUAUUGUUUCCACUGUCAGCAUUUUUUUUCAGAGCUGUAGAAGGUUCCUAAAUUUAGGAAAUUCUAUGCUUUUUAUGUUUAGAAUCUCAAGACUAAGGAAAAGCAGAAUACAGUAUUUUUAAGUAUUCUACUAUUUUAUAUUAUAUACAACAACAAGGAGUCAUCCAAUUAAAUUAGAAGCACUAUUAUAUAAAGUUUUGAUUAAAUUCCUACAAAAUACUAAUGAAUAUAAUCAGCUCAUAUGGGGGAGUUUCUCAGAAAGCCUUAUUUCUAGUCACGUAACUGUACUGUAGGUGGGCAGAGGUGUCGAUCAAAGUGCUUGGAAAACUUUUGCUGAAUAGAGUGCUAAAAAUUGUUAAUAUAUGGAAUAGACUUGUAUUCACUUUGGUAAUGUCAUGCAGAAAUCUUUAGGUAUCAUUAUGCUGAACAUAACAGUCUCAUGUUAAACUUAUAAGAAAUUAAUAGUGUUUGAUGUUUUGGGGUUUUGUAAAUAACAGUGAACUAAAUGUCAAUGUAGAUGUGAAAAUAAUGUCAAGGUUAUUGCAUUUGUUUUAAGCAGCUACUUAAGACUCCCAGACUCUGAAAUAUGCCUUUCAGAAUCAAGAGAAUCAUGAACCUUACCUUUGGUUUUAGCAGGACAUGGGAUGAAACAGUUCAGGGCACCAUGUGGUUUAGCAAACUCAAAUUCUGCCCUCGUGUGGACAAUGAAGAAACCACAGGCAGUUGUAAUUCUAAACAGUAGCUCUUUGAAAUAUAAAUUAAAUCAGCAGUGUUGGGCUAGAUAAGCGCUCAGUGUGCAACUAUAAGUGACAAAAAUCAUUAGCAUUUUUUAAAUUGUUUGUGUAUUUGCUAAUGUAAACAUCAGUGACAAACAAAAGCAUCACUGUGAUACUAAGAAAAUAGCAUUAAAACCUAAUUAUAUGUAUAACAAGUUGGAACAAAGUCUGCUUAAUUAGGAUGGACCAUUUUCUUCUAAAAGUAUCAUACUUUGGUUUGUAAAUAUAUAUUAUGCUAAGGAGAGGAUCUAAUCUUAAUAAUAUGUUAAUAAUAUGCAUUAGCCAUUUCUCUUCUUUCAUUACCCUCUAUAAUGACAAGUGGACAACUUAAUGCAGUAGAGUGAAUGUGUUUUGCACUAAUAAAAUAAUGCUCUCCUAAGGUGAA